AUGCUUACACCUGCAGCCGAUAAGGCCAAGCCCAAGCGGACCAGGACCAACGUUAAGCAAUCAAAAUACGGGUGUUUCACUUGCAAAGCUCGGCGAAUCAAAUGCGACGAAUUAAAGCCAACCUGCCGACGGUGCUUAACAUCCAGACGACCAUGUGCCUAUCCACAUGGGGCACCUCCUGCACCAGCAACAACAUCCCUUGCGCCCAACCCAACCCUCCCACAGAAUCGCUUCGUCAAUCUCAUAUGCAGAGUCUUAGUGCAAGGACCCCGAAGGUCAAAGAACGACCUUGAGGUAGCAUUCUGGUCUCACACUAUCCCCCAGCUGACGCAAUCAAUCCCCUCGGUGCAAGCAGCAGCAGCAGCCUUUGGCGCGUCAUACGAUGCACACGUACUCAGAGGCAACCAGUCAUUUGAGGCUAUAGAGAGCUACGCCAAGGCAUUACACCUGGUACAGAUCGACCUUGAUUCUCUCGGGUAUGGGAUAGUUCCUUGCAUUGUGGCGUGUCUCUUUCUCUCCUGUGCUGAGGCGUUGCAACAACAGCUUGGCAAGGGUCUCCUACAUCUUCAAGGAGCAUUUGCAUUGCUGAAAACUGAACCGAAACCGACAGAGAAGGCCAUUAUGAACAUGGAGAAGAUAUCGUCGCUAUUGAGGAAACUGGACCUCCAUUCCGCAUGGUUCGCAGUUGGCCGCGCACCCGAUUUGCCCCCUUUGCCUAUCCCCACGCCAACGGCUUUGCUGUCAUGCUCGCCCGACCAAGCCCUCUAUCGCAUCUUACAUCCGUGUUAUCACUUCAUCGCCACCGCAUCAAAAUAUAGAUAUGUCAGCCGUCGAGUAUUGCCGCCUGGGCUUCUCAUCGAGCAAGGUCGCCAUCUUGCUGAUCUGAAGCAAUGGCUAUCACGUCACAGAGUGACAGAGAUCACUCUGGGCAAUGAACAGCUGCUCGCUCUCCGAACGCAAUGCCUAGCCGCUUUCGUCCAUGUCGCUAACGCCCUUGAACCCCACGAAUCGGCAUUCGAUGACUAUGCCCCCGAAUUCCAGGAAAUUGUGACUUCUGUCGAGGCGCUUUUCCGUUGCGCGACCGAUGGCGACGCGGCAUAUGGAAGCAAUAGCCUGCCGUUCUUCACUCCAGAGAUGGGAAUCAUUCAACCGUUGCAAUUUACGGCGCUCAAAUACCGGCAUCCUACCUGGCGACGCAGAGCCAUCACGUUGUUGCGGAAAAGUGGGAGGGAGGGUCCUUGGGUUGGUGAAAUCGAGGCUGCCGUGGCCUCCACUGUUGUCGAGAGGGAAGAGAAGUCAACAGAGUCAGGCGAAAUAGUUCUAGAAAAACCAAGACAGGUUUCGGAGUUUUCUAGAAUCAACGCUUGCUGGGUUGUCGAGUAUGUGGGAGAUGCAGGGGACUAUAGUAGCGGUGUUAGGACAAGGAUAAGGAAAGUCAAAGCAAUACUGAUUAGAUGCCACGACAUUGAAGAGAUGUUACGGGGGUCAGAAGAAGGCCCUAACGCCUUUCCAUGGCGGGAUCAAACGCACUGGGCUGGGUGGGAGGAAACGAUAUCAGUUCCACACAGUUCAGAACUGGAGCCCUGUUCUUCACCAAAGGGUCAGGAAGACAUUUUUUGUUGA